CUCCAUCUUAUUCUAUACUCGAGCGCAUCGAGCGCGUUCGCCUGAUUUGCUAACACUCCGCAAAAUACACACUGUUUUUUUUCUAUAAUAUUUUUUUUUCCAUAAAAAUCUAAAGUUAUUUUAUAUGUCAUCACAACGACUCCGAUAUUUAGUAUAAAAGUGCAAUAAUAAUUAUGGGCCGGUUUAGAAGCCGCAGCCGAGAUCGUGACCGACGUCGCCGAUCUAGAAGUCGUUCGAGAAGCCGAUCACCUCGUGACAGACGUGGUUGGGGAAAUGGCGGUGUGCGAGAUCGAGGUGGAAACAAUCGAGGCGGUCGUAAUCAACCUGGAGCUAGUCUGAGGAAACCACGAUGGGAUUUAGGCCGUCUCGAGCCAUUCAAAAAAGAUUUUUAUGUACCUAGUGACGCUGUAUUAAAUCGUGAUCCUCGUAACAUUGAACAGUAUAGAAGUGAAAAGGAAAUUACGCUCCGAGGUAAAAAUAUUCCCAACCCAGUGUUUAGUUUUGAAGAGGCCGGAUUUCCUGAUUACGUUAUGAAAGAAAUAAAACGUCAGGGUUUCAAAGAUCCUACAUCGAUUCAAGCACAAGGAUGGCCAAUUGCUCUCAGUGGACGUGACAUGGUUGGAAUAGCAUCAACUGGUUCCGGUAAAACUUUGUCGUACAUCCUACCGGCAAUUGUUCAUAUCAACAGUCAGCCGAAACUUCUUCGUAAAGAUGGACCCAUUGCCUUAGUGCUAGCGCCGACUCGCGAACUUGCUCAACAAAUUCAACAGGUCGCGGAUGACUUUGGUCAUACGUCUGGUAUUCGGAACACGUGUUUAUAUGGAGGCGCUCCGAAAAGUUCGCAGGCUCGAGAUCUAGACAGUGGUGUGGAGAUCGUCAUCGCCACUCCUGGGCGGCUGCUCGACUUUCUUGAGUCGGGUCGGACGAAUUUGAAGAGGUGUACAUAUUUAGUUCUAGACGAGGCUGAUCGUAUGUUGGACAUGGGCUUUGAGCCUCAAAUAAGGAAAAUAAUCGAACAAAUUAGACCCGACAGACAGACACUCAUGUGGUCCGCCACGUGGCCGAAAGAAGUUAAAAAUUUAGCGGAAGAUUUUCUUAAAGACUACGCGCAGAUUAAUGUUGGGUCCUUGCAAUUGUCUGCUAACCACAAUAUUCUACAAAUAAUUGACGUUUGUCAAGACUAUGAAAAAGAAACUAAACUAAGCACGCUGUUGAAGGAAAUAAUGGCUGAGAAUGAAAACAAAACAAUUGUGUUCAUUGAAACAAAACGUAGAGUAGAUGAAAUAACGCGGAAAAUGAAACGCGAUGGAUGGCCAGCUGUGUGCAUUCAUGGCGACAAAACUCAGCAAGAACGUGAUUGGGUUUUACAAGAUUUUCGAACUGGUAAGGCUCCGAUUCUUGUAGCAACUGACGUAGCAGCUCGCGGACUUGACGUUGAAGACGUUAAGUUCGUUAUAAACUUUGACUAUCCAUCAUGUUCUGAAGAUUAUGUGCAUCGUAUCGGUCGUACCGGUCGCCGUCAAAAAACCGGAACGGCCUACACAUUUUUUACACCCAAUAAUUCAAAUAAAGCUAAUGACCUAAUACAAGUAUUAAAAGAGGCUAAUCAGGUUAUUAAUCCAAAGCUACUAGAGCUAGUGGAUAGUCGGGCUGGGAUGUUUGGACGACAGAAAGUCGGAUUUAAUUCAGGUGGUAGAAACCGAUGGCGAGCACGUGGCCCUCGGACUGGAAAGGAUCGAAGCUACUCAAGGAGUCGUAGUCGCAGUCGCAGUCGCAGCCGCAGUCGUAGUUUCAGCAAAGAACGAAGCAACGGACGAGGCAGAAGAAGCUACAGCCGAAGUUAUUCGAGAAGCCGAAGUCCUGUGAAUAACCGCUCAGGCAAGUCGUCGGCCAGUCCAACGGAAAUCAUUGGCAAGAGUUAUUGGAGCAGCGAGAGGUGAUCAAUAUCAAAAGAAUCUCAGCAUUAAUUAACGCGAAGACUCAGUACUGCGCUAAUUGAUUCGCGUAAAUUAUCUUUACUGCGACAACAUCAGCACAAUAAUAUUUUUUAUUUGAUAUUAUACAAGUCGAUUAACUUCAAUUGUCAGUUUUAAUGUCGUGUAUUUUAUUUAAUAAUUAUGGACAUUUUUAUAAAAAAUCUUUGAAAUUUUAUUAUAUAUUUUUUUUUAUUCUUAUCAAUUUUAUUUUAUUCAAAUAAUUAUUUUGAUGAAUGAAAAACCGCGCAUAUAAUUUUAAUACUUUUAUUUUACUCGACAUAUUUUUAGGAAUGUAUUAUUUUAAUAAAUUAAUUUAGCUACUAAUUAUUCAUUCCUGUGUAUUUAGAUACUUAAAAAAAAUGACGAUAAUAAUAAUAAUAAAUUCAAUAAUUGUACAGUAUUUAAUUGAAUUU